CGAAGACUUGAACUAUGAUUUGAAUGAGUUGAUUUGUUAUUGUUUUGUCUUGCGUUUUGUCGACGUGUUCGUGAAUAUGUAGUGCAUUUUUAAACUAUAUUCGGUAUGUAUAUAAAUAAAUAAAAGAUAAUUUAAGUUCGAGGCUGUAUUAAAUAUGAUCUCUAUUAAAAAAGUUAAUAUUUAUUCAUUUAUAUGAUGCUUUUCACAAGAUGUGGAUGCAGGUUCUAAUUCAAGUUUAAAAUGGUUGUCAUACGAGCAUUUUCACUGGUGUCUAGCCGAGCAAGAACGUUCCUUUACUUGAUGUGUGUUGCUCUCGCUAGUAAGUACUUAUAAUGAACUAUUUUGAUCUGUAAAUACAAAGCAUUAAUUGAAGUUUGAAGUUGAUAUUUGCCCUGUCACUGAGAACCUAAUUGAACUUAGUUGAUUCAAAAUUUAAAUAUGAACUUGAUUAGUUCAUUUAAAUGGCCAGGUUAAUCAGGACAUGUUUGCAUGGAAUUGGAGAAAAUCUGAACCGUCCUCAAAUUUGCACGAUUUUGUGUGCGGCCUUUGCGCUUAUACACCCACGAUGCAUGUAACUGGACGAAUUCAAUCACAACAAAUGAUAUAGGUCGAGUUUGACAAAGAUACAGCAGGAUUUUAUUCACUCCUACUAGGUGGGCCAACCAUCCCUGGGCAUUUAUGUGGGAAAUUUCCAGCCCUGCUAUAGCUGGCUACAUCUUGGGUAGUUGAGAUCUUGAUCAGGAGGGUUGGCCCUCCUCUCAUAUAAAUGAAAACAACUUUUAACCCAUUGAGCAUGCGGCAGCGCACUUUCUCCUUGAUGAGUGAAAUGCCUACACAGAGGGAGCAUGUAUUGUGACUUGUAAACAAGAUGCAUCCAUUCCGCAGAUAAUCUGAUUAAUCCACUGUGUGGCAGAUCUCUCUUGAUGAGUAAAAUUGUCUGGCUACAGACAGAGUGAAAUACUGUACUAAAAGUAGGCCCAUGCAUUUCCAGGUUUUAAUUUACCUCCGGACAGAGAUCAAGGUUGCAACUUUGUAGGAAGUUGAGCAUUGUGUUGCAGGACAAGCUCCUGUUUCCCUGAUUGCAGUCAGGAAGAAUUACAAACUGUGAACAAGCUUCCAUCUGUCUGGUAUCACAGUUAUAAGACCUUUGACUCUGGGAAGAUGAAUGCCGAAACUCUCUAAUACCUGUAAACCUCCGACUAUAAGCCCUGGGCUUAUAUUCUUUUUGUAACUGAUUUUUGAUGAGCUUAUACAAGGGGGGCUUAUAUACAGGGGUUAUACAUGGGCGAUCUUUGUGUUGGUGUUUAAACAAGUAUAGUAAUAAUUGAUAAACAAAAGUGUUAAGCAUAGUAAUAAUAGUGAUUAAUAGUGGUAAUAGCACUUGAUAAACAAUAGUGAUAAACAAGUGGACUUAUAUUGGUGGGCUUAUGGGGGCUUAUAUUUAGAAUGAGGCGAGUGUUAGGCGUACAUGUGGUGGGCUUAUACGUGGGGCUUAUCUUCCAGUGGUUCUACGGUAUCACCAAUGACAAAAUUUGUCAUAGUUUAAUAAUCCUGACUUGGUUUGCCAGAUCACAGUGUGUAAAAGAACAUACUGUAUAUCACUUUAUAAGAAAAAGCCAUGGUCUGCUAUGCUGAGCCCUCAAAGGCAUAGCUGCCAGUAGGGGUAGACUGGGGUGGGACAAUCGUUCCACCACUCUCCUUUAUGACCACCUCUGAGAUGCUUUUAAAUAAAUCUUUUCAGAAAUGUUGGGCAAGGAUGUGUGCACAAUAUAACAUCCGACUUAAUAUGCAGCGAAUUUGCCAUGACUUUAACCCAUUGAGUUGCAUUGUGCCCUACUUUAUUAAUUUACUCUGUCUAAUGCCAGACAAUUGUACUCAUCAAGGGAAGAGUGCUGGCGCUUAAUGGGUUAAGAAAACAUUUUAUGAAAAAUUGAAAGAAAGAUUGAAAAAAUAAAAAUUGCUAUGUAAGCAGCACAUUUUAUUCUUUUUACAAUGCCUUGUUGGGUGUUUUUCUAAGUAAUUCUUACAGACCAUUUUUUAUUCCUUUUUUUCAGGGCUCAGGCCCCUUCUCGGGGGAGCAUGACCUCAGACCCCCCUAGCAGGCUCACACCUUUGGUGUUCACAGCCACCCACCCAACAAUAUCUUGAUGACAUCAUCAUUGUCCUUGCCUCUUCUGCUUGAUCUGCUGGCUGUGCCAAGGGCUCAUAGAGAUAAAAAUCCAAAUAUAUACUGCAAUGUUAAAUUUUUACAAAUGCAAUUUUGUUCUGCAAUUUAUACCGCAAUUUUUCAUGCAAGUCUGUCUUGACAUAAUAGUCUAAGUUUAGAGCACCUACUUUACCAUCAGCCAUCACAAUAAUACUACACCUUGGCACACACAAUAAUUGCACACUUUCAAACUGAGAGACCCUGGGUACUAGUCCCUGCUGAAUUGCUGUGGGAGUUGUGGGAAUCCCCAUAUACGAUUCCCUGGACGUCCAUCUGGAGUGUUUGAAUCGACUGUUGGUUGUGUAUUUCUAACAACUUUUCUUUGUAUAGUUUGGGUUGUAAACUUUGCAAGGAACCAAGCAGCAGGACCAGCACCUGAGUGAGUAUAUGUCAAUUAAGUGUUUUAAAUUAUGAUUGGCUGACUGAAGUAUGACUUAUUCAAUCGAAAUGCAGUGCCAAAAAAAUGCGCUGAUUUGAAAAAUAGAUUUCAUUAUAAAAAUGCAACUGUGAGGUAUUUAGAGCCUCAAACUGAACUGAUCUCUAUCCAAAUUGGAUAGAUUUUGCGGUUUUGUUGCUAUGAAAAGAAUGGGCAGAUAAAGCUGCCACCGUGGACGCUUGGACUAUGUAAUAUUGCAGGUGUUGCUAGAACAGAAUUAGCAGAGCCAUAUAGAAUACAUCUUGGUUGCCUAAUAUUACUACUUGUCCUAUUUGUGUACAGUAAGUCAUAUACAGGUAUGGUUUCAGCGAAAUUUGGAAAAAAAAUCCUUGCAUGAUUCAGGGGUCGAAAUUUACGCUUUUCCGUAUAUAGGCUAGUAAAAUGCCUGACGAAUAGUAAGCUUCAUGAUCUCAGUAUUGCAUAAAUUUGUUUAGUAGAGAAAUGUGGUUGGUGUCAAUUUAUAAUUAGUAGUAGCAGUGACGGACACUAGCCUCCCAUCCCCCCCCCUGAAUAAUUUUUGAAAGCCUUUGAAUAAUAGGUGAACAAUUGUGUAAAAAAGCUUUAACAAAAAAAUUUCAACCAUGAAAGAAUUUACGUUGACAACUUUUAAAAAUUCACAAGUAGUAGCCAGUCAAUUCAAGUCAUGUCACAAAUAAUUUUGUCUGUGAUCAAGUCAUAUCGCAAGUCAUUCUAUACAGUUCUUUUAUCAGUCAUCCGUGACAAUUAUAACUUACUGUAGCUCAGAGUUAUACUGUGAUAUGGUUGCAUCGAUGAAUUCCACUAGAUACAGUAUAUAUAAUUACACGUCUUUAUGGUUGAUUUGCGUAAUGGUAACAAAUCAUUUCUUGCAAGUCUAAGUCAAGUCACAAUUAAGUCAUUUUGUUCAAGUCCAAGUCAAGACACGGGUCAUUUUGUUCGAAUCCAAGACACAAGCCGUUAAUGUGAUUAGCAAAUCAAGUCACGAAAUUGCCACUCGAGGCCAAGUCGCAUGAUUCGAGUCUACAACACUACAGUAUGUUGGAGAUAUCUACUACUAAAUGUACUGUAAAUUCCGACCCCGGAAAAGUAAGUUUUUCAAAUGAAACGCCGGUGACCUUAAAACAUGCUUGGUCAAUUUCUUAACUCGAUAGCAAGGAGGAAACCAAAUGGAUAGCAAGGAGGAAACCAAGUUCUCAAUUUUAGAACUGCUCUCCCAAUUUUGAAAAUUGUCGAUAUAUUCCAAUUUUUGCAUUUGGUUGUAUUGUUGUAGUUUGAUUGUUCGUUUUCAACAUUUGAAACAGCUACGACAGGAAUUAGAAGAUCAGUAUAUAGAGGUUUGUUACUAGACUGUCUGACAUUUUUGUGUGAUAUACUUGCAUUGUACUACAAAGUGAAUGGAACCAAAAAUAUUUUCUC